AUGACACUUUUAAAUAAAUCAUUCAAACAAGAAUAUUCUUUAGAAAAAAGAAAAACUAUUUCAGAAAAAAUUAAAAAUAGAUAUAAGGAUAGAUUACCAAUUAUUGUUGAAAGAGCACCAAAUAGUAAUGUCCCAGAUAUAACAAAAAAGAAAUUUUUAGCCCCAUCCAAUAUGGUUGUCAGUAAUUUUAUUAUGGAAAUUAGAAAGCAUCUAGAUGGCUCCAAACAAAAC